UGGGGGUGCGCUGGGCCCCACUGUGACAGGGGUAAGGACACCUGUCAGGAGCGCGCUUCGGAGAAAGGCAGAGCCGCGUUCCCGCUGGGGCCAGGUGGGGCGCGCCGCAGGUGAAAGGGCGGGAGCGCGCUCAGGUGCACCGAGGCUGGCAGUGCGCGAGGACGCGCAUGCAGGAUCCAGAGGGGUUACGCGCGGGAGCACAAGAAGAGGUUGCGCGGGGACGCGCGCUGGGUGCUGGGUGCAGGGCGCGCCAGUGACCGCUGGCCCGGGCUCCGCGGGGGCGGCACCGGGGGGAUGUGGCCGCCGCUCCCGGGGGACGGACUCUUAAAGGCGGAGCCGGGAGCCUGGCAGGGGCAGCAGCAGCGAAAGACCCGGCGGGGCUGCCCAGUGCCUGGCAGCAGCAGGGGGAUGCUGCCCGGGGCGCGCGGCUGGCACCCAAGGGUCCCCGCAGCAGAGGGCGCAGCCGAGCACCCAGGGUACCUGGGCAUGGCAGUGCCAGGAGGGGUCCCCGGGCCCUAGGGCAGCGGUGCCAGGAGCGGUCCCCGGGCCCUAGGGCAGCGGUGCCAGGAGCGGUCCCCGGGCCCUAGGGCAGCGGUGCCAGGAGCGGUCCCCGGGCCCUAGGGGCAGCGGUGCCAGGAGGGGUCCCCGGGCCCUAGGGCAGCGGUGCCAGGAGGGGUCCCCGGGCCCUAGGGGCAGCGGUGCCAGGAGCGGUCCCCGGGCCCUAGGGCAGCGGUGCCAGGAGCGGUCCCCGGGCCCUAGGGGCAGCGGUGCCAGGAGGGGUCCCCGGGCCCUAGGGCAGCGGUGCCAGGAGGGGUCCCCGGGCCCUAGGGGCAGCGGUGCCAGGAGCGGUCCCGGGCGCUACGGGCUGGCAGCGCCCGGGGGGGCCCGGGGCUGUCGGGGGUACCUGGCUCCGCCCCGAUGCGGGACCCCGGAGCCGCGGGAGGCAGCUGAGCCGUCGGCCAGACCCCGCGAUGCCCUGGCACGCCCCGCUGGCGCUCAGCCUGCUCUGCCUGGCCUGCUGCCUGCUGCCGCCGGGCCGGGGCUGCGGGCCGGGCCGGGGCCCGCCGGGGCGCAGGCGACAGGCCCGGAGACACCUGGUCCCCCUGCGCUACAAGCAGUUCGUGCCCGGCGUGCCCGAGCAGAGCCUGGCUGCGAGCGGGCGGGCCGAGGGCCGGCUGGGGCGCCGCGCCGAGCGCUUCAGGGACCUGGUGCCCAACUACAACCCCGACAUCAUCUUCAAGGACGAGGAGAACACGGGGGCCGACCGGCUCAUGAGCCAGCGCUGCAAGGACCGUGUGAACGCGCUGGCCAUCGCUGUGAUGAACAUGUGGCCCGGCGUGAAGCUGCGGGUGACGGAAGGCUGGGACGAAGAUGGGCAUCACCUGCCCGACUCGCUGCACUACGAGGGGCGGGCGCUGGACAUCACCACGUCUGACCGGGACAGGGAGAAGUACGGCAUGCUGGCGCGCCUUGCCGUGGAGGCCGGCUUUGACUGGGUCUACUACGAGUCCAAGGCCCACAUCCAUGUGUCGGUGAAAGCAGAGAACUCCCUGGCCAGCCGGGCCGGCGGCUGCUUCCCGGGCCACGCCACGGUGACGCUGCGGAGCGGCGAGCGGAAGGGGCUGUCGGAGCUGCGCCGUGGUGACUGGGUGCUGGCCGUGGACCGGAGCGGCCAGGUGGUCCCCACCGAGGUGCUGCUUUUCCUGGACCGCGACCUGCGCCGGCGUGUGUCCUUCGUGGCCAUCGAGACGGAGAGCCCUGCCCACCGGCUGCUGCUCACGCCCUCCCACCUGGUGUUCGCUGCCCAGGCCCCAGCCAACGGCACGGCCAGCUUUGUGCCCAUCUUCGCCAGGCGGGUGCGGGCGGGUGACUCGGUGCUGGCCCACCACGCUGGCGGACGCGGGCUGCAGCCGGUCCGGGUGCUGCGGGUGUCGCGGGAGGAGGGCAUGGGGGUGUUCGCCCCACUGACGUCACAUGGGACCCUCCUGGUCAACGGGGUGCUAGCCUCCUGCUACGCCGUCCUGGAGAACCACCACUGGGCCCACCGCGCCUUCGCCCCACUCCGGCUCCUCCACGGCCUCCUCUCACUGCUGCCCCUGAGUGGCGAGGGCAAGAACUGCAGUGCUCCGGAGACGGGCCUGCACUGGUACUCGCGGCUGCUUUACCAGCUGGCGUGGAGGGUGCUGGGCCAGGACUCCCUCCAGGCCUAGCGGCCGCGUUACAAUCAGUGACUCGGACAAAGUUAAUGUAACAAACGGGAAGCAGGAGGCACUGGGCCCCGAGUGGCUUCCAAGCUUUCCUGCAAGUGCCUUGGGAUCCCUGCAAGCCUUGGGGGCAGGGAGGGGGGAGGGGAUGGGAACCCGGGCCCCCAGCAGGGGAGCGAGGGGGUACUGGGUUCCUUGUUACAGCGUCCCAGGAGGUGUUCACGCUGACUGGGGGGGGGCGAGGGGGUACUGGGUUCCUUGUUACAGCGUCCCAGGAGGUGUUCACGCUGACUGGGGGGGCCAGCCCCUUGCGAGUGGGUGCACGCUCUGGCACCUGCUGCUGGUGCUCCGGCCGGUGUGACUGGCUCCGUAACCACGCCCCUGCAGGGCGUCUGGCCCCUGCCGCCUGGAGCCGACGCUGCCCCUCGGUAUCUGUUCAGGCUUCGUGGCACUCCUGGGGUGACCCUGUCCGGAGGGGGUGGGUGAGCCCCAAACCACACUCCUGUUGGGGCACCUCUCCCCAGUUCCUGUGUUUAUUGCUUCACUUAACCAGCAUGCCUGGGCCUUGGCUUGCUGCUUUCCCUGCUCGAGAUGAAAUCCCGAGGCCGGUUUUGGGGUGGUGCCCACCCGGGCUGACCCAGGGGCAGAAUCGGGCCCGGAGGGUUUGCAGGCUCAGCCCAGCCCAUGGCUUUGGGCAUGUGCCAGCCCCAGGCUGGGUUCUCUGCUGCGUCCCCAGCUGUGAUUCCACCGAAUGCAGCAGGUCAGACCCGGGCCAUCCCUCCCUCCUGUUACUAAUGCUCCUGCUAGGCCCCUGACCACCUGCCCUCACCCUGCAGCCACUCCCCCAUCCUGGCAUGACCCCCACCCCACGCUUCUCCUUGGGCACGGCACCCACCUGCCCACCCUCCUCAUGUCCCCCCGAAGCGUUCAUCGAGGGAUUCUGCCCUGGCCCACUCUGCUGCUACCCCACAGUGCCUGGGAGAUCCUCGGAAUGGUCAUUGCCAGCAGCCAGCUGGCAUGGCCGCCCCCUUUGCACCCUCGGGAGGAGGGAGUGGCGGCGCUGGGCCCAGUUAGUGCCCUGCCAAGGAGUUCGUGCAAGGGAGGGGUUGCACAGUGGCUGCCUCGGGGUCCUUGGAAGGAGGAACGGAGGCAGGGCCCCUGAGCCCAGAUCCCACUGGGGAUGGUGGGGUGCCGUGCACACAAUCAUGCUCCCGCAGGAGGCUCCGAGGCUGCGUCAUCACCCCAAGACCCUCUGCCCAGCUGCGGUUCUCGGCCGCGCGGGAAGCCAUGCUCUGCCGGGCUCUGGGCUGGGUGGGCCUCCCCCGCAUUCCUCCACAGCAGGGCUCAGAGGGAAUGAGCUCCCCGGGAGGGGGGUGGGGGUGGGGGCUCCAGGUAGGCUCUCUGGCCCAGCCGCCCCACAACUGGGGCAGGAAUAGGGUGGCAGAGGGACCCUGAGCUUUGAAGUCAGAGGGGUUCCCUUGUGUGGGGGUCACUCAUUGGCUUGAAAAGCCAGACCCUGGCCAUGCUCUCUUGGAAACUGUGGGAGCCAAGCGCUAGUGUGGGCUAGUGGCUGGAGGAGGGGGUGGGCAUCAGGACCCCUGGCUUCUAUUGCGGGCUCCAGGAGGGGAGACCGGGCUAGCGUUCACACUGGGGCGGGGGGGUGCAUGACUCCUGGGUUCUUUUCGUGGCUCUGUGAGGGCGGCACAGUGACCCUCACGUGUCUGUGUGUCCUGCCCGGCAAGGGUAAGCGCCCGGCUUCCUUGCCAGCCUGUUCUAGGCUGACUUGUGCUGGUCCGUGCGGGCAGUGCCAGGUCGGGGGAUGGGACUCUCUCUCCUAGCCGCAAGGCCAGUCAGCAGCAGGGGCAGGACCCGCGUACAGGGGCAAGUUGUUCCACUGAACUCGGGGGGGGAGUGCAAAUGGGGGGGGGACUACUCCCCCGCUCUGUCUCAUGCAGGGGAGGAGAGUGGGGGGACGUGUAUCUUGGUAACCGGUUAACUCUGCACUGCUGGGCCCUGUCACUCUAACCCCCUAACCUUGCCCCCCACCCCUGGCUUAAAAGUUUUAUUUUUAUAUUUAGAAAGGGUAAUAUAAUGGUCUACGCUGUUCCUCUCUCCCCGGGCUACCUCUGCUGCACACGGGGGGUGGCAGGGUGCAGGGGAGGGUUAAAGCUGUUUUAACUGUUUGGGUUUUUAAAAAAUAAUAUUUAAUUUUUGUUAAUUAA